ACUAGUGAUCUUAUUGCAAGUGCUGCUGGGGGAGUGGGAGAAGGUGCUGGAGGAGAUUUCCUUGAAUUAUCUUCAUCAUCAACAGAUUUAUCAGAUACAUAACUCAGUUCUCAACCUUAGGGAACGUAUAAUGUCCCUACUACCCCUGGAUGGUGUGGAGAGGGAGGAAAAGGAAGGAGAAGGAUUUACUGGGGGUGAAGACGACCUAAAUAUUAAACUUAGUAAAUAUAAGGAUAAUUUGAUUGGUUUGGAAAGAUAUAAACUUGAGCUGACCCAGUUAAACCUUGACCUGCACACACUGAGCGCCACGCAGAGUAGGUCAGCUCAACAGAGCACGCUGAUAGCUGCGGGUCAACUUCAAGAAGAUAUCACAGGGUUGUAUUCUCUUUGGGAGCGAUGCCAUCAUUUGACCUCAACAAAUAUAUCUGCAACGGAGGAAACCUUGAUCAAGUUUAAUGAAUUCGAAACCGAGCUGAUCAGCCUCAAGAACAGCCUCAGCAAGGAUGCCAUGCGGGUGCGUGGCUCAGAUGCCCCUGAAGGUUCUUGUGAUAGUGGGAUCAGCGAUGCAAGCACUGAGAAUGAUUUUCCUCUCCGCGAGCAACAAUUGGAGCGACUUAGAUUCCUUGCACAGAACUUGGAGCAAAGCCUUGAUCCAAGGAGCAAGGCCUGCUCGAUGAUUUCCAAAACCAUUGAGACUACCUCAUACCAACUAAAAGACCUUCAGAUCUCAUUACAAACUCUCAAAUCCGCGAAACUUCGAACCAAAUCUAAAUUUGGCGGGAGAAAAGUUGAGAACCGUAUCCGUCCUAAAAACGCGGGAAACUCUCGGCGGCGACGCGUGACAAAGAUGGCGCUGACCAUUCACUUGAUAAUGAUGUUAAUAAUGUUUAUAUCCUGGUUUACCCAACCACGGUGCUGCGACAAUAUCGGCAGCAUAUCUAUGGUUCCCCAACUCAAAUAUGUUAAUGGACCUCCUCCAAUUUAGUUUGCCGUAUUACGCGCAAAAAACGUGCCAUACAAACUGAUAAAUUUGCUAAAUUAAAUUUUGUUGAAUUCCUGAAAUUCGGAGAAAGUCUACACUGAUCUCUUUUCGUGCUCUUUUCAGCUCCGAAUCCGAUACCAUUCGCGCCAUUUUGACCAAUGCACACAUCAGUGCACUAUAUACAUAUUGUAGGGUGUAAAUAUGUACUGUAGUUGUACUCUAUUUAACACAUUUAUGUAAUGUUCUAUUUUAUAAUUCUAAAAAUGAAAAAUUGUGUAUUCUUAAGGACACCCUGACCUGCUCCUUUGUUUUUUCUUAACACAAUCUAUAAACUACAUUUGUUCCUUAUACCAUUUGCUCUCAAACAUUUAGAGGAAAAUAGGUAUAAAUAAGUGAAUAGAAAUUGAGGCAAUGAUAAACAAUGUCGUCACAGUUGCCUUUUUCAGUCAUUAAAAAUUUGUUGUAAGAUAUAUAAACUUUUAUUUAGAUUUAUUAUUUUUAUAAUUCUUUUUUUAAACAAAUAUUAUUAUUAUUAUUAAUUAGUUCUACGCCAGUUAAAAUUUACAUAAUUUGCAAUCAGCUCGCUAUGAGAUAAAAAGACUCAGUCUCGAAUUUACAAAAGUGUCAUUUUCGCAACAGAAGGUACCUGGCUUAAUAAAUGUUUUUAUUAUAGAAAACUGAAGUUUUCAUCUUUACAUACAAGGUUAACUUUGCGACAGGGUUACCUAAAAAUAAUAAGAAUUUAAAGACGACCUCAAACGUUUCUAAGUUUAAAUUAAGUCUUCUGCUUUAAAUGACGUCGUUAAAUGGCUUAUUUUUAUUUAAGACAGAAGGAAAAUAGUUGAAACCAGCAGAGAACCAUGAUUGUAAGGAAACAGACAAGAUACAUUUCGUACAGUCCAAUCUAUAGUCUCAUGUUUUGGUGGGUAACCCUGUACAUUUACCUUAAAUUUAUAAAAUUGAGUUAAUAAUUGUUAAGAACAAUAUGUUUUUCUGAUAAUCUUCAAAUUUGUUUACUGCAGGUAAAUUUAUUGUACAAUUUUAUAUAUCUAAAUUUCGUAUUCUAACCAGCUAGUAAUUACGGGAAAUAUGUACAGAAUUGAGUUUGCUGUACACACUGUGUAACAUAUUUCUAGAAAAAAAUCUUAAAUAAAUGUUAUUUUGACUUUU